AUUUAAUCGAAAUUUUGUGCAUUUAUGCAGAAACAUAAAGGUAUGCCAGCGAGAUUCCUAAGGAGACCAUUGCCUCAUCUAGAGAAGUUACGGGCACUUUUUUCAGGGUCUUUUGCUACUAGCAAAUGGAGUUUUUCUCCCAGAUUAGGUGGGGAACAAAUUGGUAAAGAAAAUGAGGAAAGGUCCGAGGACAGUGAUGAAAAUAUAGGAGAUAUGGAAAUAAGUAGGGGAAUAAAUAAUUCGGAUGAUGAACAGAGCAUUUCACCUCCUAAAAGUACCUCGUUGGGGAAACGUAAGAGUGAUGGGUGUACUAGUAAACUUAAAAAAAACAAGAGUAGUAACAUUGACUCUUGUAUAGAGUUGUUGAAAAUGUCUAUUGAAACUAAUUGUAAGCAAGGGAGUGGUAAUAAGUAUAAAGAUGUCUCAGAUGCUCUAUACAAUAUUGAGGCUAUUGUUCAACAAGGAGAAGGAUUUAUUUACCAAUGUAUGAAUUUUCUUCAUCAUGGCGAUAAUGCAGAUUUCUUCUUAGGUCUGCGAAGUGAUGAUCAGAAGAUCAUGUAUUUGAAGACAGCAUUUCAAGAUCCAACAUUGGGUGGUCCUUAAUUAGGUUUUUUGGGGUGAUGAGUAUUUGAAGUUAACUUUGUCUUAUGUUUUCCUAUGACUUGUUUUGCACUUUCAUAUGUUCUUUGUUAGUUAUUUGAUGUUGUUCUAGUUUUAAUUAAGGUUCCACAUAUGAAGCUACUAUUUUUUCUUACCUUUAGGUUUAAGUAGCUUCAUAUGAUGCUAUUGCUUUUCAGGUGAUCUAAUUAAGAAGCUUUAGCCUUUAUUUUAAAAGUCAUUGUUGAUUUUAUUUUACAAAUUG